UCAAAAUACUCAAGCAAGAUUUCCAUGUGAUGAUGGAGGAUUAACUGCACUGUUAUUAGAGAACAACAAUUCUAUGGCAGAAUCCAACAUCACUCAUGAGGCGUCAAUGCCAGCACAGCAUGACUGCAUUGGGCUGCAGACGCAGCCGCCUCCGGUGGGUGGGACAACGAGCUUGUUGCAGGGCAUAAGCUCGGGCGUGCUCAUGAGUCCUCCUGAGAUUGGCCUUGGGUUUGGUGCGAACGGGCAAGCAUCGUCUAGCUUGCCUCUGAUUAAGGGGGAGAGUAGCGUGUCUGAGUAUCAAGAUUGUGGGUUGUCACCGUUGUUUCUAACGGGAGACUCGCGGUGGGACUCAAAUUUUGAAGCUAUGAGCAGCCCGCACGCGAGGGAUAAGGCGAAGAUGAGGUACAACGCGAAGAAGAAGACACGGACGUUCGGGAAACAAAUAAGGUACGCGUCGCGGAAGGCUAGAGCAGAUACAAGAAAACGCGUAAAAGGCAGAUUUGUGAAGUCGGGGGGAGACUUAUGAGUAUGAUCCCGAAGGAGCACUGCAUUAUCAGGCCUAGCUAAGGGUAUUCUGAAUUUUUUUGUGUAGAAAAUAACAGGACUUGUAAAAUGUGGCAAUGAUCGGAACGCAGAUCAGGCUAUUGGGCCGCAGUGCCUGGACCUCGCGGGAAUUCCUCAUGACACCAGUUUUGGAAGAUGGAGUUGGUGUUGGUGUUGAGGCUAUGGUGCGCAUGAGAGAGAUUGAGAGAAACGAAGAAGAGCAAAGGUAUCUUCUGUACGGCGAGAAAUGUCA